AUGACAUCAUUUUUAACUGACGUAUUGAUCACGGCGGGUACGUAUGUGAAUUCAUAUAUUCAAAUUUAAUUAAAGUAUGAAAUUGAUUACAAAAAUAUUGAAAUAAAAAAUAUGAAAAUACAAUUGACUCGUAUAUUAUUCGAUAUAAUUAGUAUAUCUGUUUCUUCUUCACGUCGUUGAAGUAAAAGAUUCAUAUACUAUUUAUAAAAGUUUCAAACUUGCCUGUGUUCCCUUUUUCAAUCAGGAAAAUUGGAGAAAAUCAAUUUACACGAAAAGAUAUCGGAAAUACAGAAAGAAAUAACGAGAUUGAAAUACGAUGUCAAGGAUUUCAUGAAUGAUAAUUACGUGGAAUUCACGUCGAAGCUCGUAAAAGAUCAGCAUUUGGUAUUGAAGGGAGAGAAACUACUCGAGGAAAUGAAUGCAUUGCAGAAGAGAAUAGACGAUCAGGUGAAGAUAGAAUUAUCUGGCUCCACAAAGGAAUUAAAAACCCUUUCUCAAGCGUUGAAAGAGUCGAACAUAAUGUUACAGCUUUCUAAUCAACUUUUAACACUGCACGAAUGCAUAAAGUCUGUGGAAAAUUCCCAGGAAGAAAAACGAUACGUGAACGCAGCUGAGACGUUGUGCCGCAUGCAAUCUAUUUUGUACAAUUCUGAAACAGAUUUACACGAUCUUGAUAUUUACACAGCAAUUGAGGAAGAGUAUUUAAAUCUUUACACAUCAUUUUUAACCGAAACGUCGUCAUUAUUGCACGAACGGAUUUGUUGGACUGGCAUCGACGAUGAGAGUGCAAAGACUAUAACGUUGACCGUAAAAGACGAAAUGGACGAUACGCAAAAUUUAAUUCAGAGUUUACAUUGUAUCGAUAAUCUUUCGAGUCAUUUCCAUAGAUUCUCAACGAUACUGAUGGAUCACAUAAUCGGCCCGAUCAUCAACGACGAUUGUUCCGUAUAUGUAGUCGACGAGAAAGUCUUCACCGUUGAAGUGCUAAACAAAAGGAAACCUCCCGGUUACAAAAGCGUACUCUACAAUCUGGAAUUGUUGUUCAAAUUCCUUCAUCAGCAUUUUCAAUUUACAGUGCACGAUAACGAAACAUUCCUGAAAGCAAUACAGCCUCAUUUGCUCGAAAGAUUAUCAACAUCCUUAAAGAAUGAUUGCAUCUCGCGAAUUACGCCAACGUCGAGCGUCGACCUAAAAAAUUUUGCACCUAUCGUUCAAGCAAUCAAUGAUUUUCAGUACUUUUUGGUCAAAAUUGGUUUCAUUACAAGUGAUCAACUCUUUUUGUCGGAAUAUACGAUGAAUAUCGACAAGCUGUUUAUAAAAAAAAUUUGCCAGGAUUUAUUGGCGAAAGCGCGGACCAUUAUGAAGAAAGAUUUACAUGAUUGCAUUAUAUACGAGCCACAGGCAAGUUUAUUCGGAGAUAUCACUGAGCCGCACGAAUUUCAAGAAGAUACAUAUGAUUUUAACGAAUUAAAAGCAGAUAAAAAAUUAAGCGAAAACACAUUUCAACUUCCUAAAUGUCAAAUAAGCACGAGUGCGAAGGAGAUGUUAAAUCUCGCGAGACAUAUCUUAGAGGAAGCUUGUAACAGUUCGGAUUCCUGCACUGUGCAGUUAUUUUAUACUUGUAGAAAUAUUUUUGAAAUGUAUGCAGGAUUAGUGCCUGAACAUCACCGAAUACUUUUAGAAACAGUACCGCAUCAAGUCGCUAUGUUUCAUAACAAUUGCAUGUAUCUUGCGCACCAUCUUCUCACAUUGGGACACGAAUAUAGGGACAAGUUACCAGAAUCCUUGCAUAAUCUUAACUUAACUUUCGCAGAUCAAGUAUUAGUAUUAAGAGAUGUCGGAUCAUCGUGUCUUUUAGAACACAUGAAGUAUCAAAAUGACAUUAUUGUUGGUAUUCUUAGUCAUUCCGAUUUGUCUGCAUUGGGUCAAACUUCCGAAUUACAUCCCAACACUGAGCGUGCAAUGAGGCAGUGCAUUAGACAGCUGGAAUUAUUAAAAACAGUUUGGAUGGAUGUGUUACCAAUGAAUAUUUAUUGCAGAGCUGUAGGAUGCAUUAUGAAUUCAAUGGUUGAAGACUUAAUAAUCAAAGUAAUAUCUGUUGAAGACAUUCCCGCCGAUGUUGCAACUGAAUUAGUAACAUUGUUUAAUAUGAUUGUUAAGCGUGCACCACAAAUAUUUCCGGAUAAUCAAAAGAUUCAUCAACACGUUAGAAAAUGGGAGAAAUUUUUAGAAUUGAUUCAAGUAUUGGGUGCAUCACUAAAAGAAAUCGAAAUGAGAUGGGAUAAUGGUAAAGGAACGCUUGCGCGAGAAUUUACAGCAUCCCAAAAAAGUAGGCAAGAGCAGGCAGGGUGGCGGAGUAGUGAGAGCAAAUCAUUUAAUAGAUAUGCAAUUCCACAUCAUUUACAGCAAUGGCAAACAUUAUUACCACAAUUUCCUUAUCUUUCACUUCAGUAUCCAUAA